ACCUUUUCGUAACAAUCGAUGAAUACGACCAACUGGAAAUUGUAAUCCAGCUCUAUUCGAGCGAGACUUUGUUUUUCCUUUCACUUUUCCGCCCUUUCCACGUCCAGACAUUUUUAAGCUUCUUAGAAAUAAAAUACAAAUACAACCUUCGAGCACUCGAGUUAGAUCAGAAAUGAUGAGAAAAUAAUUGAGCACAGUUAUUUAUAUCCCCCUAUCCUUACAGAGUACCAAUAGGAUCGUGCCAAAUGAAUGUUACGUUUUGAUUGGUUCGUUGCUAGAACUAUUGGAUAUAUAUAUAAAAAAGCGCGCAACGAUUAUACGCCUUAUUUCAGUUGAAUCCUUUCGCAUAGCAUAACGUCUGUGAUUACAACGAAGAAAAUAUUUUUAACUAUGCCACCAAUUAAUACUCCACCAAAAAUCAAUGAUAAACCUUUAAAGAAAGCCAGUGGUAAGGCUCAAAAAAAUAUCAGUAAGACCGAUAAGAAGAAAAAAAGAAAGAGGAAGGAAAGUUAUGCGAUUUAUAUUUACAAAGUAUUGAAACAAGUACAUCCGGAUACUGGAAUUUCCAGUAAAGCUAUGAGUAUUAUGAAUAGUUUCAUUAAUGACGUUUUUGAACGUAUUGCUAUGGAAGCAUCAAGAUUGGCUCACUAUAAUAAACGUUCGACUAUUACAUCUCGGGAAAUACAGACUGCUGUACGAUUAUUGCUUCCUGGUGAGCUCUCCAAACAUGCUGUUAGCGAAGGUACCAAAGCAGUUACUAAAUACACUAGCUCCAAAUGAAUUGAAAUAUUUCAAACUUUUAGGGCCAAAAAUUUUUUUCCCCGUAAAACAAAUUCUCACAUGUUUAUUAUUUAUUAAGAGGAAUUUUACAAUUAUAUGAAAUAGAAUAAUAUGUAUAUAUAUC